AUGCGCCAGAAGCUUGAUGCACUCGCGCGGCGCUUUAACCAGAUGCUGGAAGGAGAGCAAGAGCUGGAGCUGGAGUGGGAGGCUAUGGGGGAUUCCGACGAUUCGUCCAUAGCCCUCGUGAGCGACCCAGAUGAGGCGGUGGAGCAGAUGACGUCCGGACACGCCUUGGGAUUUCAACCGGGGCGAGCGUUCGACACACUGCCCGUGUACCAGGUUUGCUUCAACCUGCGCCGGCAUCCGAAGACAGGCAUCUUCCAUUCAUUGAAGCAGAAACUCACCAUCGAGAUGCGGCAAACUCCUGGAGCUGGGGAGUCGAAUCAAGUCGUGGAGGUGUACGUUGAGAUGGUUGGCGGAAACUUCCGCAGAGACGUUGUUACCGAGCAAGAAUGUUGCCUUCGACUCCGCUUCUGGACUACCGACGAACGGCCAGUAUUCCUGUCAAGCGUGUUCUGGCCCGGAGGAGGUUGCAUGUUGGAUAAGAACGGGAUGCCGGUGACCAUUGAGAAUGGCGGCUAUCUCUCUGAUCCCCGGCGCGACACUACAAUCCCUGAUGUUGGUGCGGUCUAUGAUCGGGUGGAAGAAGUUGAGCUUCCCGAUGAAGUUCAGCAAGCUUGGGAUCAGGGCCAAUUAUAUCCAGGAGACGUACAUCAAGCAUGGCAGGACGGCUGCAGCUCCUUCGAGUUGCCUGUCGGAAGCUCGCCACCUAUGUUUCAACACAACAAAUUCUCACUUGCGGAUGACGAAGUCGAUGAGCCACUGGGAUGCAUCGUGAGCAUGGUUAUCAGCAGGUGGAGGGGCAUCAGAGUGGCAGGGAUUCUACCCAACGUUGCGCGGCAGUUGAUUCUCUCCUACCUGUUCUUCCCUCUGGAGCCACUUUCCUUUUCAGGGAGCCUGGCGGUUGCAGUGGGCGUGAACACGACCCCGGGCAGAAUAAAAUUGAGGGAUCGCAAACAAGGGUGGGAAGGCGAGUGUGCGACUUGUGGCGGGCCCGCGGUUAGUUGGCUGGGUGGUGUGGAGUGUGAAAGCUGCUUCAGUGAGCAUUGA